CAAGGCGGCUGCGUGAUGCGUCACUGCGCUUGCGUGUAGUCGUGACGCCAGUCUCGCGUGAUGAGAGUUGUGGGGGUCCGGAUUUUCUGUACAACAAGAGGAGGAAGCUUGAUGUUUAGCAUCUUUGUGUGAGGUGUAAAUAGCGGUGUGUGAGAGUGCGGCCUGUGUUAGGGAAGGCGGGACGUUUGGCCAGUGUGCUUUUACUUGAGUAAGAGGGAGAAGGUUGAACUCACGUUUUCCAAUCCCAUUACUGCUCUACCAGGACGAAAUCUGUGACAAAACGAGUAGAACAUAAAGCCGUGUGGGGACAGAAGACACAGGCACCUUGAUAUCCACACUCCUGAAUUCUACAGGGUCUCUGUAAUCCAAUGGACCGGAGUUCGAAAAGACGACAAGUGAAGCCUUUGGCAACUUCCCUUCUUGAAGCAUUGGAUUAUGAUAGCUCAGAUGACAGUGAUUUUAAAGUUGGAGAUGCUUCAGAUUCUGAUGGAAGUGUGAAUGGGAGUGAUGAUAUGUCAAGGGAUAGUGCUGAUGGCUCUGCAAGUGAUUCAGAAGAGGAUGUAAUGGAGAGAAUACCAGAAACUGCAGGGGAAACAGAUAAAAAAAGACCUAAAGAAGAAGGUGCAUUGACAUGCUCAGCUGGAAGUGAACAUGAGGUAAUAGAUCUGAGUAAAGAAGAACAAAAAAAAGAUGAAAAUGAAAAAUCUCGAAAAAGAAAGGAGAGGAUCUCUGAUGUUGACAUUAGCACUGAUGAUCAAACUAACGAACCAAAAAAAUGGAAUCUGCGCAGAACAAGACCUUUGUUAGAUUUUAUCACUAUGGAAGAAUUAAAUGCAAUGGAUGAUUAUGACAGUGAAGAUGACAAUGACUGGAGGCCUUCUGCUGGCAAACGAAAAGGGAAAACUACAUCCCUAGGUGAUGCAAGUGAUGGUGAGGAUGAUGAGGAAGAGGAUGGAAGUGAUGAGGGAUCUAACUAUCAUGCUGGUCAUGAUGAUAACAGCAGUAGCUCUAGUGAUGAAGGAAAGAAGAAGAAAAUUAAGUUUCCUAGCAGGAAUAGUGCUGAUGAUGAAGAGCUGACGAAUGACAGUCUGACACUGUCUCAGAGCAAGAGUAAUGAGGACUCCCUCAUUUUGGAGAAAAGUGAAAAAUGGAGCUCCCAGAAAGUGGAUCAUAUCUUAAUUUGUUGUGUUUGUCUUGGGGAUAACAGUGAGGAUGCAGAUGAAAUUAUCCAAUGUGACAAUUGUGGUAUAACUGUGCAUGAAGGUUGCUAUGGUGUGGAUGGUGAAAGUGAUUCCAUCAUGAGUUCUGCUUCAGAAAAUUCCACAGAACCUUGGUUCUGUGAUGCUUGCAAAUGUGGAGUCUCUCCAAGCUGUGAACUAUGUCCCAACCAGGAUGGAAUUUUUAAAGAAACUGAUGCUGGAAGAUGGGUCCAUAUUGUCUGUGCCCUUUAUGUCCCUGGUGUAGCUUUUGGAGAUAUUGACAAAUUACGUCCAGUAACUCUAACAGAAAUGAAUUACUCGAAAUACGGAGCUAAGGAAUGUAGCUUUUGUGAAGAUCCUCGGUUUGCCAGGACAGGAGUUUGUAUCAGUUGUGAUGCAGGGAUGUGCAGAGCAUACUUUCAUGUGACUUGUGCCCAGAAGGAAGGUUUACUUUCAGAAGCUGCUGCGGAAGAGGAUAUCGCAGAUCCUUUCUUUGCUUAUUGCAAACAGCAUGCUGACCGAUUUGACAGGAAAUGGAAAAGGAAAAAUUAUCUUGCCUUGCAGUCUUACUGUAAAAUGUCCUUAAAGGAGAGAGAAAAACAGUUAGCGCCAGAAGCGCAGGCUCGCAUCAGCGCAAGGUUGCAACAGUAUCGUGUGAAGUCUGAACUGGCUCGCAGUACAAGACCUCAGGCAUGGGUUCCAAGAGAAAAGCUUCCUCGGCCUCUUACAAGCAGUGCAUCUGCUAUACGUAAACUAAUGCGCAAAGCUGAGCUUAUGGGAAUAAGUACGGAUAUUUUCCCUGUUGAUAAUUCAGACACUAGUUCUAGUGUGGAUGGCAGAAGGAAGCAUAAGCAACCAGCUUUGUCGGCUGAUUUUGUCAACUACUAUCUUGAGAGGAACAUGCGGAUGAUGCAACUUCAAGAAAACAUGGCAGAGCAGAAAAACAUUAAAGACAAACUCGAAAAUGAGCAAGAAAAACUUCACAUUGAAUAUAACAAGCUUUGCGAAGCAUUAGACGAUCUUCAAAAUAUGAGUGGCAGCUUAAGAAAUGAAGGACAGACAUUAUGGAUAAUCAUGAAUAAAAUUGCUGGACAGAAAACAAACAUACCAGCAAUUUUACGUUCACCAAAAGAAAGAAAACCAAGUAAAAGGGAAGGUGGAACCCAAAAGACUUCACCAUUGCCAGCAGUUUUGUAUAGUUGCGGUAUAUGCAAGAAGAGCAAUGAUCAGCACCUACUUCUGUUGUGCGAUACUUGCAAACUGCAUUAUCAUCUUGGAUGCCUGGAUCCUCCUCUAACUAGGAUGCCCAAAAAGACAAAAAAUAGUUACUGGCAAUGUUCUGAGUGUGACCAAGCAGGAAGCAGUGAUCUAGAAGCAGAUUUUGCAAUGGAGACUUUACCAAAUGGAACCAAGAGGUCAAGGAGGCAGAUCAAGGAACCCAUAAAAUUUGUUUCCCAGGAUAUGCCGCAAGAUACAAAGAAGACUCUGCUGAGAAGCACGAAACACUGCUUUAGAGGAAGAAGAAAAAGCUCACAUUUUGUCAUUUCUGAUGACCUCAAGAGUGAGAAGCCAUCUUUGGAUUCUUCUAGGCAGUCAGAGUUACAGCAUGAACACACACAGCGUGGUGAUGUUUUGUCGAGAACCAGAGGCCAGAAACGAAGAAGAAGUUUCAUGCUUGAGGAAGAGAACCCCGAGGAACGUACUCCAAGAGAGCGAAGGAGAAGGCAGUCAAUAGCAUUCCACAAAAAGCCUAAAUCUGAUGAUUUACGAACAGAAUGUGCAUCAUGUAAAGGAAUUGGAGAUAACGAAAACCUUGUAAGGUGUGAUGAAUGCAGACUGUGCUACCAUUUUGGCUGUCUGGACCCUCCUUUGAAAAAGUCUCCUAAACAGACAGGCUAUGGGUGGAUUUGCCAAGAGUGUGACUCUACAUCAUCCAAAGAAGUCUAUCAAAAUGCUGCAGGGUCAUCUGAGUCUGCAGCCACAAGGAAGAUGAAAGUGAACAGGCAGAGGCAAAGUCACCACAGCAGCUAGUCUCAGAAGUGGAAUAAUCGUGAAAGGCGUGUUGUUCGCGAUUUGGAAGGGUGAAAAUUCUUGGGAAUCAUUGAGAAAUGGCUUUUGAAAAUAACGCAUCAUUACCCACAUGUUAUAUAUACAAAGACAUCAGCUGUUUUUCAAAAUGCUGUAAAUAUUUUUUUUCUCUGUUUUUAUCCAAUUGUUUUCUUUGCUUUUAUGUUAGCUGAAACAUUUUGUUUAGAGUUAAAACUAGUUUAUCACUUGAACCUUUAUGGACCCUGUAGGCAACUGGAAGUUGAGCAAUAGAACAGGCUACAUUUAAAACUGUUGGAAACAACAAAUCUGUGGUUUUGGCUUCAUUGUUAACCCUGAUUUUCAAUGGAAAUAUCAAGUAUGCUAGAUGGUUCAGAAUAAAACCCGUUGAAGUCAUCUCGUAUGUAUAUUUUGAAACAAUACACGUUCACUGUGUGUGAAAACAGUGUCCAGAGCUCAGUAAAUGUAAUUCAUGUUGAUGAAAGGCGAUUUAUUCUUACGUUUUAAAAUGUUAUGUUUUUUCUGCUUACAUUUUCUAGAAAACAUGAAACCUUCUAGAAGGUUGUUGCUUUUUAAUCUGUAGCUGUAGAAGAAAAAAAAUCCCCACUUUAAUGGCCAGAUUUGGGUUGAAUAGUAAAUUCAAAAUGUUGACGUGAAAAUUCACAAUUUUGAAUUAUA